AUGCGUUUAUUUGAUGAAUUCUACAAAAUUGUUGGAAUUUAUGAUAAUCGUGUUGAAUUAAUGAAAUCAAUUAAAGAAAAUAUUAAGCGCUUAAACAAACAAAUGGAAAUGGUCUCUUUUUUCUAUGAAAAUCAAUAUUCUAUUCGGGAUUUAUCCGAGAAAUCAGCUGCAUUUCUUUGGUAUGCUUAUUUGACUGAUUUUACUACAUAG